AUGGAUUCACCUAAAAAACUCACAGAGAAUUGUCCUCCAGGUUCUCCAUUAAAUCAAAUCUCUCCUGAACGUGCCAAUCAACAAAAACAAUGGGAUUUACCAACAUCUCCUACCGCUACGGAGAAGGGUUCGAAAUCGAGUAAACAUUCAAGGGAUAGUUCAGUCAACGAGAAGAUUGCUCAAUUCAAUUCUUUGGCUUAUCAAGGGAAACAAUUGGAAAGAAAAGCAAAUGAUGCGGCUUUGAAGCGCGCCAUGGUUGGGAGAGAGGAGGCGGAGAGUGAAAUGCGCAGAUAUAGGGAUGAGGCUAGGAUAUUAAGGAGACAAGUUGAGGAAGGAAAAGAACGGGAAAGAAAGGUUGGAGAGAGACUUGAGAGUGUUAUGGAAAAUUAUGGUCGAGCCAAGGAAACACAUGCACACACACAAGCAUUAUGGGAAAAGGAAAUUCGAAGAGCUCGAAAAGAAGGCUUCAAAUCACAAUCGGUCGUUGUCAAAUUACAAGAAGAACUUAAGUCUUCAAGAGAUACAUUGAGGAUGGUUCAAGGUGGUUUGGAACAAGAAAAAGCACGAAGUGUGAAGAGGGAACAAGAAGCAUUUACAGCAAAGUAUCAACUCGUUGAAGCGCAGGAAAAGUUGACAAGAUUACGAGAGAAGAUUCAGUUGGUUGAACAGGAGAGGGAUGCAUUUAAGACGAUCGCUAAGAAUGAAGAAAUCGCCAGAAUCGCAGCAGAAGGACAUAUACCAUUACCGCAAUCCACCAAGGACGAAUUUCCAUCACCAAAGAAUGAUCAAAGAUCCAUAGAUGCUAUGGCAUUGGCGUCUGGCGCUGGUCAAGAGGAACUCGAUGAGCUUAGACGCAAAUUGGAUUGGGAAAUUCAAAGAGCAAACCGAGCCCUUGAUCAAGUCGAAUUUUUGGAGAUGGAAUCUAGCAUUCAUUCGUGCGAACCAAAAUCCAACAAAAGAAAGUCAACCGAUACACAAGAACACCGUGAAGAGUCGACAAGAAAAUCCAAAACUCAAAGAACAAGUACAGUUUUUGUACCCUCUGAAGGUAUCUUCAAAUCUGUACCUGAAGAAUCCGUAGCAGAACCGGCUGAGAAUACAUCCUCGGACACCAAAAUGCAUUUCGAACAAACAUCGGAAAAUUCUACUCAUAAACGAAGAGAAGUAACUCCUUCUCACGAUCCGCCAUCUGCGGCUCUCAUUUCCGAUACCAAUACUUCAUUACUCUCUAUUUUUGAUGAGCCAACCAGUCCAAAAGUCACCAGAUCACUUCAAAGUCCGAUCAAUCUCCCUGAGAACGAAGUCAAAGACGAGGCCAAUCCCGAAGAUCUAAACGGUUCCACUUCAACCACAAUUCAUCACCCGCAAACCCAUGAAUAUGAAAAUCACGAACAUGACCACGAACGUCACCAUGAACGUGCUUUCCACACAGUGUCAACCACAACCCGUAUCCCACUUGCUUCUCCCUCGGAAGAACAAAGAAUCGAAUUUGCACCAAUGUCAAGAGAAGAGGCCUUAGCUAUGAUUAGAGAAAGAAGAGGUAGAGCUAGAAGUUUGGCAGAAGGCAAGAUGACUCCGAGAAAGCAGAUGGUAGAGGGUGGAUCGAGGAGAGAUAUAAGUGCACCAGCUACUACUGGAACACCAGCUAGGGGAAGAAGUCAAGGAAGAUCUUAG